UGCAUGACUUAAUACAAGAUAUGGGUAAAUAUGUGGUGAAUAAGCAAAAGGACCCAGGGGAACGUAGUAGAUUAUGGCUCACCAAAGAUUUCGAAGAAGUGAUGAUCAACAAUACGGGGAUCAAGGCGGUGGAAGCAAUUUGGGUUCCUAAUUUUAAUAAACCACGCUUUAGCAAAGAGGCCAUGAAAACAAUGCAAAGGCUUAGGAUAUUAUGCAUACAUGAUUCUAAUUGCCUGGAUGGCUCCGUUGAGUAUUUGUCCAAUAACUUGCGUUGGUUUGUCUGGAAUAACUAUCCUUGUGAGUCAUUGCCGGAAAAUUUUGAACCCCAAAAGCUUGUUCAACUUGAUCUCAGCUUAAGCUCGCUGCAUCAUUUGUGGACGGAAACAAAGGUAUAACUGAAAAAUGUUACUUACUAAUUCCAAAAACUCAACUUGAUUCUUUUAUCUGGAUAUUCUUGUUUUUUGUCUCAUUCU